AUGGCAGCUAGUGAAGUUGUACCUUGUGGACAGUGUAAUUUAAAAGCUAAAAACAAAUACGCUGAUAUCUGGUGUGACAACUGUGAAAAAGGUUUAUGUACAUCAUGUUCAAAAAAUCACAGGAAAUCGAAAUUAACACUGAAUCACCAGACUGUAGAUAUUGAAACUUAUAUUAAAAUCCCGAAAUUUAUCCGUUCUACAAGCACAGACUGUUGUAAACAUCGACAACUUCUAGUUUCCUUCUGUCCAAAUCACUUAACUCCUUGCUGUAAAGGAUGUAUAUCAAAUGAUCAUGCGAAAUGCACUGGAAUAGUGAGUUUAACCAGCACCGUCGAGAAAACAAAUGUCGAAGAUAUACAGCAAGCCUUGCAGAAAGAUUCUAAAUCAAUUCUAUGUUCCUUUGAUAAAAUCGCAGACCAACUUCUGAACAAUGUGAAAAAGAGGGACAAUGAAUAUGAAAUAAUAAAAUUGACAGCUAGCAUAAUUCGGAAAGAAGUGAAUGAACAGAUAGACCGAUUAGAAGCAAAACUUUGCAAAGAAGUCGAUGCUUUAAAAGACCGUGAAAAUUUGAAAACAACUGACUUGAAAAACCACAUACAAGGAAAGAAGAAUGGCGUUGAAGAUGCAGUUAAGCAGUUAAAAUUGAUAGAAAAGAAUCAUCCAAAGAUUCAAACUUUCCUCGCGGUACAUCAGAUAGAACAACAAUUACAUCAAUUUCAGCUAUCUGUACAGGAAAUAGCACAAAAAGACACAUUCAAAGAAUUUGAACUUAGUCUAAAGUAUGACAAAAUGUUUGAACAAACACUAUUCAAUUUCAAAUUACUAGAAUCAUUCGGAGAUAUAUCAAUGCGCAAAAAAAUGAAGUCUACCACUGAUAUUGCAACAUUUGAAACAAAAGAUGCACAAGCACAAACCAGAGAACAAACAUCGAUUCAUAAAAUGUCUUUAAAAUUAGAAUCGAAAUAUAGUAUUAAAGGCAUUAAGAAUGUUAGUAACAUGAUUUCGUUGACAGAUGGUCGGUUCGUUGUCGUUGAAGAAAACGGCAGAAUUUCCAUCCACUCGGUGAAUGAAAAAUUUCAGAAAUAUUUAUCCGUCACCGGUAAGGCUUUUAGUGCAGCGCUUAUUAAUCAAGACAAUAUCGUUACUAGCUAUCCUGACGAGAAAAGGAUUAUAUUCAUUGAUCUAUCAAAUGAAACUAUAACAAAUAUUAUUACUCUGGACAAACCUUGUCAUGGUUUAUCUUUUUUCAAUGAUACCAUCGUCGUAGCAUUUACCCAUAACGAUGCAGAAUAUAAAGAAAUACGAAGGAUUAAUUUGAAAGGAAAUACUCUGAGUUCAAUUUACAUUCAGAGCGAAUUAACACUUUACUAUCUCACUCAUUCGAAUGAUAGAGUAGUCUUUAGCGAUUAUAUCGACGAUGCAUUGUGA